AAUCCCAGUUUGUGCGCGCAAGGAUCGCCUGGACUUCCCGGACGAAAUGGGCUGAAUGGACAUAAUGGGUUACCAGGCCGCGACGGUCGGGAUGGUGCUGAGGGCGAGAAGGGCGUGGCAGGUCCGCAAGGGCCACGUGGUAUCAAAGGAGAAGCGGGUGAGAAGGGUAUGGCAGGUCCCCAUGGACCACGUGGUAUUAAAGGUGAAGCGGGAAAAGUCACUGCUGAAAAAAGAUACUGGAAACAGUGCGCGUGGAAAAAGUUCGACAACACUGAUAUUGGCCUUAUUAAGGUGAGCCGUAGACAAUUACAGAUUUCUUUAUUCAGACCUAAUUGAAGAAUUUUUUUGGGAUAAAACUUUCUUCAGUUAUGUUUGACUGUUUUUCAAAUAAACCUUGGAGGACAUGUCAUUUAGUUUUAGUAACAUUUCUUUUGGCCGAUUAUGCUAUAUGUGGGCCAAAAUAAAUAUACACAUCGCUCUUGGCGUUAUAUCGGUGGCUCUAAGACUGUAAUAGGCAAUUUGCAUGAUGACGUCAUUUUACUAAUACGACCAGAAUCCUUCAGGGGUUGCUCUUUUGUGCAAACAAGAGAGGCUUUUGUCAUUGAAAACUCACUUGAAUAUGAAAGGAAAAACGAAAAGGAUUCUGGUCGUAGUAGUAAAAUGUCUUCAUCGUGCAAAUGGCCUAUUAACUCUCUGAACAAAGUCAUAAAAUUGCAACAGAACAUAAAUUAAGAUUUGAAUAAUAACGUGAAUCAUAUUUCACGGUGUUCUGUGUGGCACUGGUUGCUAACAGUAUAAUGCUGUGUUUUCAGGAUUGCCAGUUUACUAAAAUUAAAGACAAUACAAGUCUUCGCGUUGUAUUCCAAGGAAAUAUCUAUUUGGGAGGUUGCAGUGGCUGCUGCAAGCGAUGGUUCAUCACUUUCAACGGCGCUGAGUGUAGCGGUCCUCUGCCUAUUGACGCAGCUCUGUGGAUCAGAAAUAGCAAUACAGAUGACAUCAGACACGGGGCAAUAGAAGGUUACUGUGACAACAUUGGAAAAGGGAAUAUCCGUGUUGGCAUCAACACUGGAAACUGUCCUGGUUAUGGAAACUCCAAUGGCCAUACGGGAUAUAAGUCAGUGUCUCGUUUGAUUAUCGAAGAAGUUCCUCAGUCCCAGCAGUAA